GCGGGGCAGCGGGCAGGGUGCUCGGGGACGCAGGGGUGCAAGCCACAAAGCGGCUACAUCCUCCCCAGCCCCUCUGCACCAGUGUUUGCCUGGGAUCCGCCCCAGAGCUGAUGCUGGGCCGGUCCUGCUAUGAGCAGGCAGCUGGACAGCAUGAUGUGACCCCCCGAGGUCCUGUGCAACCCACAUUUCCUAUGAUUCGGACUGAAGUAUGCCCUCGCUCGGAGGAAACCUGUACACUUGGUGAUCCCAAAGACUGACUUUAGUGUUCGUGUGGGCAAAGAUCAAGUGCGCCGCCGAGCGGAGAUAGAUGUUGGUUUUCCAAGGAGACCAGGCAGCACAGACCAACGGGACUUUUAACACAUCAGGGGAUUUCAUGGGCACAGACCAACAGGAGUCUGCAUUCCCUCGGCAUGCCCUGGUAUUCUGCUCCCCUCCCCUGUCUUAAUAUCCAACUGUCUGCCUCAGAUGGCAGGGAUGACUGAGUCUGCUGUGUCUCAGGUGGCCCAGUGGACAGGAUGCUGCCAACAGGCCAUCUGUGAGCAGUGAAUACGUGAGGGUGCAAGCCCAAGCUGGACUGAGGCCACCCCAUCGGAGAAAAUGGCUACUGAGAUGGGACCAGCACCAGCCCUGGGUCUCCUGUUCCCAGGAUUGGUUCAGACCUCAGUGAAGAUGGAGGAGCAGGACCCAGCAGGUCCUGGAUCUGGGGUGGGGCCUGAGGGAGCAGGGAAAGAUCUUUCUGUUAUCCAGGCCAGGACUGGUGGGGUGUCCCCAAGAUGGGUGACAACAGAGCAAGUAAAAAAGGAGCCACAGGAGGAGCCAGCCCACCGCUGGGAGGUCCAGUGGCAGGAGGUGCCACAGGUCCUGUGGCCCCCUGCUGAAGCUGUGCCAGCUCCAGGUACCCCACAGCUGCCAGAGUUGGUACUGAGGGAUGACCUCCCUGCCAUGGAGAAGUGGCGCCAGCGCUUCAGGGGCUUUCGUUAUCAAGAGGCCAAGGGACCAUGGGAGGUGUGUUGCCACCUGCAGGACCUCUGCCAGCAAUGGCUGGAGCCCCAGCGCCGCAGCAAGGAGCAGAUCCUGGAGCUGCUGGUGCUGGAGCAGUUCCUGGCCAUCCUGCCCCAGGAGAUGCAGAGCUGGGAGUGGGGGCGUGGUGUGGAGACCUGUGCUGAAGCAGUGACACUGGCUGAGGGGUUUCAACUGGGGCAGCCAGAGGAUGAGAAGUUCCAGGUCACAGUACACAUGGAGGUCAAGGAAAUGGCCUUGGACAAGAUGGCUUCAACUGGAGCAAUGCGAAAACCGCAUGACUCCUGGUUUGAGCAGCUGCAGUCCCAUCCUGUAUGUGUGCCCCAGGAGGAGGCAAGACAAGGUGAAACCCCAAGGCCCCAGGAUGAGUCACCUUAUGUUUCUGAAGAAGAGUCACCAUCCCACCAGGAGUUAGAUUCCCCUGACACAGAGGAGACCUGGGAUUCAUCAGCAGAUGAAAGCUCCUCAGGCUGGUUCCCUAGACAAAGCCCUUCUUCAGGAGAAGCAGAUGCCGGGGUGCUAAGCAGAGCGGAGGAGCUGCCUCCUGAGGAAAGGCCUGAAAAAUUAGAGCUACUGAGGACAUCCCCAGGGAUAUCAGGGGAGAAAGACUCUCCGAGACCUGAGGAAGGUCAAUUGCACAAGAGUCAGCACGGGCUCCAUAAGCAGAGGGAAAACAAGGCAGCAAAUGAGGUAUCAGCUCCAGCUGGGUGUGAGAUUGGAGCUGGAACAGAGCCAGGAAAAAGCCGAGGCUGUGGGGAAGAAUUUGAGAAGCUGAGAGAUGCAGCGAUCCACAAGGGGAAGCUUCACCAGCAGGAGGGACUGAAUCCAAACCAUGCUGGUGGGGAGGGCCUCAAAGGGCAGCAGGAGCUCACCACUAAGCACAGUGAGACAGUCCACUCCUGCCCCAAAUGCAGGAAAACCUUUGACUGCCCAUUGCACCUGGCCUUGCACAAGAUCAUGCAUAACAAAGAGUUGCGUGAAUGCGCUGAAUGUGGGAAGAGCUUCACCCAUCUCUCGACUCUGGCUGCUCACCGCAAGAUCCACUCUGGAGAGCGCCCCCACUGCUGCACCCAUUGUGGGAAAAGCUUUGUUUUCCAACGGGACCUGUCCCGGCAUCAACGCGUGCACAUGGAGGAGAGGCCGUACCGCUGUGCUGAAUGUGGGAAGAGCUUCAUCCAGCACUCCCACUUGGCCCAGCACCAGCGCAUCCAUUCCGGGGAGCGUCCCCACAGCUGUACAGAGUGUGGGAACAGCUUCACUUGCCGUUCACACCUGGCCAGACACCAACGCAUGCAUACAGGGGAGAGGCCGUACCACUGUGCUGAGUGUGGGAAGAACUUCAGCCACUCCUCAACCCUUGCCCGGCACCACCUUAUUCACUCAGGGGAGAAGCCCCAUCGGUGCUUCCAGUGUGGAAAGAGCUUCGCCCGCUCCUCCCACCUGUUGCAGCACCAGCACAUCCACUCAGGCGAGAAGCCACACCAGUGCUCAGAGUGUGGGAAGAGCUUCAACUGCUUCUCCAACCUGGCCCAGCACCGGCGCAUCCAUUCCAGGGACUAUCCCCACAGUUGUGCGGAUUGUGGAAAGGGCUUCAGCUGCCCCUCCAACCUGGCCAAGCACCAGCGUGUCCACUCUGGGGAGCGUCCCCACAGCUGCACAGAGUGUGGGAAGAGCUUCGCUUGCCCUUCAAGCCUGGCAAAACACCAACGUGUGCACACGGGGGAAAAGCCAUUCUGCUGUGCUGAAUGUGGGAGGAGCUUCAGCCACUCCUCCCACCUGGCCCGGCACCAGCGCAGCCAUGCAGGGGAGAAGCCCCAUCAGUGCUUUCAGUGUGGGAAGAACUUCACCCGCCCCUCCCACCUUGCUCGGCACCAGCACCUCCACAUGCAGGAGGCUGUAACUCAGCCAUAACUCAGCCAGCAGUGUGGAUGGGCUUCGGGGACACCUACACCCUCUGCACUGACUGCUGCCUAUGUUUGAGCAAGCGGCUUCAUCCCUAGGCUGAGUGCAGAGAGAGAUUUACCCACUCUUAUCCCUCCUGAAACACUGUAGUAUUGACUAAGCCUCAUGUUUUGAUUGCGGGGGCUGAGAGAAAACUCCCCCUGUAAGCUGGUAUGCCAGUGUUGGCUUGGGUCCUAGAUCUGCUCCUUGCCACUCAGGAAGUGGGCAGAUUUUGGCUCCAGAGUAGGUUCCAUAGAGACAGAGUUGUGGUGAUUGGGAAAGGCCUCAGGCAGAGUUAGUUUGGGCAAUGGGGGCAUCUCUGGAGAGACUCUUCAUCCUCCUCAUGGCAGCAGUCUUAGAACCUACAUCCUCCUCAUGGGCUGGGAACCCCCAAUUUCUCCAGGUGGAACAGUGGUGUCCUCCCAAGACAACUGAGUUGACUGAUAUCCAGUGACUCAUGUCCCCUUCCAGCUCUAUCUUCUCUGACGCUCUUAUGGUUUGGGUAUGUGAGACUCUUGGAUUACAGAAAUAAGAUGUUUAUUCUUAUUAGGAAAGCAUUCCCUGUGCUGUAUCCUGACCUUGCCUUUCCUUACUCCCACAUAAACCCUUUCCAGAUGUGCUUGUGUCCAUCAGGUCUUUGCAAGAUGCAGCUGCUGCUUCCUCCAGAGCUCAUUCAUCAGGUUUGCUCUUCAGUCUCCCCAGAACUCUACGCUGCCAAAUGCCUGCUGCUGCUGCUAUCCCCUGACAUUUCUUUGUCUAUAAUGGCUUCUCUUCUAAUAAAACCCCCAGGUUUAACAUGAUGGUCCAGUGGUAGGUCUCUAAUUCCUCUUCAGAGCUGUAAAAUGGGCAUGGACCAGGGCCAGAGCCUCUUCCAGGCCCAAAGGACUUUGAGAUUUCCCAGCCCCCCUCACCUUCCGGUGGGAUCAUUGAGAUCCACACAGUGCUGUACAAUGAAGAACGUACACCAGGGAUGAUUUAGCAAGGUUUUCUGAGAAGUAGGUACACUCUGCUGGGUGACAGGAGGAUGGCGAGGCUGAAGGAGGGACAUUCUGUAGCAGGUCUCACCUUUCCCAUGGGAAGCAGAUGGAAGGUGCAUGAGCAGCCUUUUGGGUUAAAAACAGGAACAUUGGAAUCUCCCAUUGUAAACAUUUAGCUUUCUCUACUAUUUCUGAAGCUAUUUGUUGCUAAGAUUAGGUAGGUUAAUUACUUAUCUCAGCACAUGGUGUUUGUGCCCGCCUCUGCUCGAUUAGGCGCUCUCGUGCAGCCUUAGCCUGUACUAUUGAUCGCGCCUGUCCUGGGCUUGCGGGUGGACCCCAAAGACCACCCCAGCUGACAUCAGGGGAGCCCCUUGACUCUCCUGCCACAACUUUGAAUGUUAACUCAGUGGAGGGGUUCCCCUUCAAGGCAGCCUCCAGGGUCGUCGCGCCGCCCGGCAGGCAGUCACAGGGCUCCGACCUCCCCUACACCCCGGCCACUCACCACCUUGGGUUGCCGGUCUUCGGGCAACCCAAGGCGUUCUUGGCUCUUAGGCGUUCUUGGCUCUACCCGACCUCUUCCCGCGGCCUGCCAGCUACGUGCCAGUGUCUUCAGGCCGUGUCUUGAUGCACGGACUUCGAAGUCCUCCAACCUGGCUCCACCAAUCUGAAUUCCUAACGCCCUAUCCCUGUGACUUAACGUGCACUUCCCACCACCGUGAUAGCUGAAGCACUAAGGCUACUGGGCCAGGAGGCCACGAAGGGUACCCGGGCCUAUGGGCCCCGAGGAUCCCCCUGUGCCCAGCU